UCAAGAUGAAACUAACUAACUACUACACUUCCAUAUUGACACUACUGUUAAUGGCAGAAAUGGUUGUGGGAACAUGUGAGUCUGACAGAAAAUUAGAUUGUUCACUUCUUGGUGAUCUGCUAGAAAUGGCAAUGAAACAAAAAAGUCCAGAUAAAGUCUGUCAGUGUCCGAGGAGAACCAAGAUCCCAGCCUUUUCAGCAAUGCUGACUAAAUCACAAACCCCUCAAACUAAUAAUGCCAUCAAGUUUGACAAAGCAGUCACCAAUAUAGGAAAUGGAUACAAUCCAACCACUGGUAUUUUUACAGCACCUAUUGGUGGAAUUUAUCAUUUUACUUAUACAGUCAUGUCAAAGGCAGGAAAAUACCUAGUUGUCUACCUUGCUCUUAAUAAUACCAAACAACAAACUACAUGGCUGAAAGGGUCUAGUCAUGAGACUGCAACAACCAGUAUUAUAUUGAAUCUAAAGAAAGGAGACCAAGUAGCAGUUAAGUCAGCAGAUGGUAUAUAUUCAGUUCACAGUGAUGGCAACAUGUAUUGCUCAUUUUCUGGCUAUCUCAUAGCGCAAUAA